AUGACCAAAGCCUGUAUGGAGUUGCUCAUCAACGAUUUCACACGCCGCAACUUUGUGGAUGGCCGGGUUGCACGACUUCCUACGGUCAUUCCUCGGCCGGAACCCAACUCCGGUCUUCCUGCGGCCUUCUCAGAUGUCCUGCGCGAACCGUUGCGCGGGAGGCCGGCGGUCCUGCGCCUGAAGCCAGAUAUGAAGCACGCAGUAUGUGGCUACCGGGUGCUGAUCAGGAACUUGAUUCACUUGGCAAACUUGCCUGCGGCGGCGUUCGCUGAGUCUAUCGAUCGGUGUAUGAACAUGCCCGCCUUGUCUGUAACUCUCGAGGAUCUGCACAAGUCGCUGCUGGCUGUUGUGAAAGAUCCUUCCACGCUCGGAAAGAUUAGCUAUGAGCCAGAUUCAGAGCUCUGUGCCAAGCUGUCAACUUUUCACCAGAACAUGGACGCCACGCGUGCGCGCGCAUUGGGAAUGAUGGGUGAUAGCUCAGCUGCUGCUAUUGCUGCUGACUUUGCCGCUGAGUACGUGGACCCUGCUCUGCUAAAGCCAGUAGUGGAGAUUUAUGAAGAGCCUCGUCACUGGUUGGCAUUUGCCAAUGAACAUGUCCGUGUUUUUCGCGUGGAGAACCCGCCCGGGGACACAACCCUCAUGCACGUUCAUCGCGUGGACAGCCUGUAUUUCUUCUUUACGGCAGCUUCUGUGCAAGGCACGAAGCUCAAUGAGGAACCAAAGGAUGAUGUCUUAACUUGCGGAGAAGUUCGCUAUGGCGAUCACGGCAACUGUCUCUUAACCCACAAAAUCUACAACAAAGGCCCGCCCGUGAUGAUGUGCCUGGACGUGGAGCUUGCCGGCUUUCAGAACGAGGCUCCUCCAGCCAAGCGCCCAAAGAUUGAAAGCCCAGAUUUGCCUGCUGGGCUGCGCUUGACAAAGGAAAGGCCUGGGGCUCGCGUCCAUAACUUAGAUCUAGCAGCUGGGUCAUCGUGGUCGGGGCGCAUACCAUUUCAUCGGGCUCUCUUCGUGGUGCACUGUGGAGCACACGUUCAAGGUGGGCUCGGGGAUCGUCUCUU